AUGGCCUUUCACAACAAUAGAAGGUUCUGUCAUGGAGAUAGUCUUGCCAGCAGCAUAUGCAGGUCACCUGAAAUGCCUAAAGAGGUCAGUUUGGAGAGAAGAUUAAAAGCCCCAUUGACAUCGAGGGAUAUGCGAGGAGUGCAGAGAUGUAUUUGUAACUGCCUUGAAGGAAGUGAUACUCUUUCAGGAUUGCCCACUUCCAUUUCUACACUUGAAUUACUUAGCCAAGAGUUCAGCUUUCUGAGAAGAUGGGAUUGCAUAAGUAUGAACAUCUUGGAAAGGAGGAAUGACUUCUUGCUUGAAUUAGCCCUAACCCCAAAGGAGGAGGAACCCGAGGGACUCAAAGAAGAGAAGGAAGUAGAGGACACCAAGGAGAAGGUGGAAGGAAGCAAAAAGACAAGGAGGAGGAAGAAGAGGAAGAGGACAGUGAAGGCAGAAGAUACUGAGACCAAGGAAAACGAGUCCCCUCCAAAAAAGACAAAAACAGACCUUGAGGUCCCCAGUGAAAAGACGCAGAAGAAGACGGCUAAGAAGACCCCAAAGGAGGAGGAACCCGAGGGACUCAAAGAAGAGAAGGAAGUAGAGGACACCAAGGAGAAGGUGGAAGGAGGUGAAAAGGCCAAGAAGAAGAGGAAGAGGACAGUGAAGGCAGAAGAUACUGAGACCAAGGAAAACGAGUCCCCUCCAAAAAAGACAAAAACAGACCUUGAGGUCCCCAGUGAAAAGACGCAGAAGAAGACGGGCAAGAAGACCCCAAAGGAGGAGGAACCCGAGGGACUCAAAGAAGAGAAGGAAGUAGAGGACACCAAGGAGAAGGUGGAAGGAGGUGAAAAGGCCAAGAAGAAGAGGAAGCAGUGAAGGCAGAAGAUACUGA